UGGGUCCUUGUCUACACGGUGCUACGUCCUGAAGCGCUGCUUAUAUAAGGGUCACCUUGUCGGGCAGAGGAGCAAAAGAAACCUUUGUAUUGACAAGCACUGGGGAAGCAAGUUCUUAUUUCUAAGAUACUCUCUUGGAAGGAUAAGGGGAAAGAAAAUGGCUCUGCGCGGUGACAAAGGCAGUCAUGUGCCAUCGUUCUCUCUCAGACGUUGUGGCCUCACUAUGAUGGUUCUGCUUUUCCUUCUUGUCAUAUUCUUAUGUCCAGGCAGUACAAAUGGAAACAAACUUCGGCUGAUGCUACAGAAGAGAGAAGCCGGGGAGCCAUCCAAAACCAUUGUGUCCGUGAAAGAAAACAAAGCUAAUGAGUUCUUGAAUUCUCUAAAGCGGCCAAAGCGCCAACUUUGGGAUAGGACUCGACCUGAAGUGCAGCAGUGGUACCAACAAUUCCUCUACAUGGGUUUUGAUGAACAAAAAUAUGAAGAUGAUUUGUCUUACUGGAUGAGUCAAGGACGUGGAGGCAGUGAAUACUAUGGAGGUUUCCAUCAGCAUCACUAUGAUGAAGAUGCUCCUAUUGGCCCACGUAACCCAUAUACCUUCAGGCAUGGAGCUGGAGUCAACUAUGAUGAUUAUUAGAUUCAGACUUGAUAAUUUUUUUCCUCCCAACUAUGGCUUUGUGACAAAAAAAAAAAUUACAUUGUGCAUUGCAUUAUAAAAUGUACCAUACUGCCAUCUUACAGGGAUAAUAAAGAAAAAAAAAACCUUGAUUAUGAAAAAAAUGGGCAACUACCAAGAACAACAUGUUAUACCUGCUUCCCAAAUGUAAUAUAUGUCCUUAAAUCAAAAUGGUUCAUAACUUAAAAAAAACAAACCAUUAUAGAUCUGGUUUUAGGGUAUGGUUAAGAUAGCAAUUGACAGGGAUGCCGGCCUCCUAGAAAACCCUAUUGAGCAUAAAACACCACCAUGGACAAAAGUCUGUACCCAGUUUUGUACCAAAUGCACAUUUAUUGUUAUAAGAUGGACUGGAGCAUUGUCCAUACCCUGGUGAAACGCACAGUAGUCCACUGUAGGGUAGAUACUGAGGGCUCCUUGAAACAGAAUGGCGGCUAUUACAGUUUGAUAAGUAACACCUACUGAUUCCUCACUGUCUAACCUAAAGCUCCUCCAAAGGUCAGAACUGGUAUGUGGAUCCCACAUUAUGUUUUUCUGCAGGUGACAAAAAUACUCAUACCAUGGAAAGCCACCCUGCGUAAUUUGAAGUUGAGCAGUAAUCCAUGGCAACCACUUAAAAUUUUGCUUUAAUUGAAGGCUCUACCUGAGUCUAAAAAUAAUGUCAUCACUGUUUGGAGUUGAAAUAAUCAGAAAAUGGUAGCCUACUGACCUUGCCUUCUUGGUGCAUUCUUUUAAUAUCUAACAAUACACUGCAGCUACAUUUUCUAUAUGCCAUUAUUUAAAGGACACAUUCAGUAUAUCAGCUCAAGCAUUUGCAGGAAGAUUACACAUCCAGUAACGCAGCACAAAGUCUUCAGUUUUCCCCCGCUGUCCUUGUGUAAAUGAAGAGCAAAGCCAAAUGAUCUUUAAGGUUGUUCAGUGCCCAUAGAAACCAUUUGCUGAUGUCACAAGGAACAUUGUACAAAAUAAUUCUUUGUAUCUUAAAUUUUACUUGACGGAAGGUGAGAGCGAAAAUCAAUUGCUAGAAAAAUGAGCGGGUCAGAUCACAUUUCAGUAUUUUAUUAAAAUAGCAUAUUCAACCACCA